CUCCGUCCGGGAAUGAUGUUCCCAUUGUACGUUUUUCUCCGUCCGGGAAUGAUGUUCCCAUUGUACGCUUUUUCCUCUAUUCUCCCUAAAAUACCCCUCUCAUUUAAUAUCCAUAUUCAGUCCUCCUAUCUACCCAACCCGCCCACCUCCCCAAUUAAACCCUCUCGCCCCUCUUUAGAUCUAAUCUACUCUCUCUCUGUCGGUUCUUCUUCUCUCCCAAUCCCUAGAUUACGAUCGUUCCUCUCCCAGAUCUAUACAUCUCCGCCUGAAUUCAUGGAAUCUGAUUACUUUCUUUACGAUUCCAUCAUCCCUGAGACAGAAUUUCAGGACAUUGGAGUUGAGGACGAGGUGAUUCACCUAUCUUCCACCUCUGACGCGAAGAAGGAGGACGAGGUCAUCGUCAUCCACAGCGAUGACGAUGAUGCCGAUGUUGCCCCGCUAGAGAUGGAGAGAGUGGAGGCGAUUGUGAAAGAGGCAGUGGAGGCAGGGAAGACGGUGGUGAUAUUCGUGGAAACGGAGGAAGACGCGAGUUACGGCACAACCUACGCCACCAUAGAUUUCAUCCACCGUGUCAUCGGGGAAGAUAACAAGGAUAAAAUCAUAAUAUACGUGGUCCCGGACGAGUCGUCAAAGGAUGCAUUGCUGGGCACACUCUGCGCAGAAACCGUUCUUCUUCUUCUUCUACUCUUCUUUGGGUUUAGCGUUUUCUCUCUGGAUCUUCCCGACACCUCCGCCUCCACUUCCUUCACCGCCCCCUCAGCCGCUAGGAGCAACGGUUGUCUUGGCGGCGGACAGUCUCACCGCACCGACCAGGAGGGAGAUGGGAUUCUAUGUGCUGAGAGAGGUGUAGAAACAAGUGCAAGCAGAGACGCCAUAAGAGGAGAAGAAAUGGAUAAUGGAUCUUCAUCUGUAAAAGAUGCAAUUCAUUCGAGGCCUAUUCGGCACCCUUGCCACUUUCUUGGAGUAGCUAAGCAAGCUUUCCUCAAUUGCUUGGGCUUGGGUUCCAGUUCUGAGAGUCGUAGUAAAAACAGAAAACAUGUGAAAGAAGACUAAUGUACCCCUUAACCCUCCUUUCACACUUCUCAUAUACUUUGGAUGAAUGAUUUUGACUGCUAGUCUUUGAUAUACGGAGUACUUUAUUUGAAAUAUUGAAAUAUUAAACUUCUUUAUUUUCUCUAGAGAUACUCUAGUUAUUAAGAUAUACUCCAACAAGACCUAUGUGGCCUUCUACUCCGAAUUCCUCCAUCCAAACUGACCCCUAAGCGCACAACAGUUGCACACUUCUCACUUCGAACACUCUUUACUUUUACCGUGGCUUGAAUGGUAUGUACUUUCAUAGGACUGUACUUGACCUUUAUCAACUGUUCUGCAGGUAAAUAAAUAUGGCAAAAUGAUAACAUAUGCUAAACCAGGGCGUCCUCUGAAUGUUGAAGAUGUGCUACCGCCACGAGAGAUAUCACAAGGUUAAUGCAUGAUAAUUCAAUCCCUGAUCGACAGCCCGAAGUCUAACCACAUUUUAUGUAUGUACCAUCUGAAACUGUAAAAAAUUACACUGUUUAGCAACCACUGUUGUACAUUUACAUUCUGUGAUCUGAAGCCAGCCACAAACUGCCCUCUUUAGUUAAUUCUACAAAUUAAUGUUGAGAUGAGUU